CUGGAGCUGCAGAGCGACGCAGCCUUGGGUGCAGUCGUCAUUCGCGUCUGGUCUCAAGCUCCCCGCUGCCCCGCGCGCGGCGGGCUGGCAUCGGGCCCUGGGCGAGCGGAGCAGUUCGAUGUGUCUGUGGUGAGGCGAGGGAAAAACGGAGACAGAGACAAGAGAACCGCACAGGCUCCAUGGAGGGCUUUUCAUGUUUGAAGUAGGGCUUUUUAGUCCUGGAAGCAAGGGAAAGAGAGGGCGACUGUUUUGGAACUAUGGAGGUUGAUACGAAGCUCCUCCUGAAUGUCUGCUUCAGAGUCUGAGAUCAUUGGAAGGAGGGAAGCAAAGAAGAAAUCAUCUCUGAUCAGUAUAACUGGUCUAAAGGUCUCGUGCCUGUAUGUGCAUUAGGGUGUUUCACCGAGCAAAAGAAGGGUAGAGGAGGAGGCUUGCUUCCUUCCUUCAUUCCAGGUCUACCUUGAGUGGCAGCUCUACUGGCCUGUAAGUGGUUAAACACCAUUGCCCAGACACACCAUCUUCUUCUUUCCUAGCCUGAGUGAGCCCUAUACAUUGUUCCUGCCUUCAGCAGGGGUGAUUACAUGGGCCGAGUUCAGGAUGUGGGCUGGGCAACUGCAGGACUGGUGAUCUGGGCUGGCACUUGCUACUGCAUUUACAGAUUAACCAAGGGAAGAUCACAGAGUGGGAGCAGAGUUGCCAGAAAUGGGUCCAGAAUCGAGACGGAGACUGAGGUUGGGGUACAGAACCAGACCUUGGCCACAAGUGAAGCCAUGGGUGGAGCAGAGACUAGAGUCAAGACUGAACCGGAAACUGGAGAAGGAGGGGAGCCUGUGGCUGAAGCAGACCCCAAGGUCCCUGCUCUAGUUAGACCCAGUAUCAACUGUCAGGCCGAGGCAAUGCUUGAGGACGAGGUCGAGACUCAUUCUGAGACUACUUCAUUGGUGGAAACUGUGGUCAUGACAGACGCAGUGACUUUUACUGAAGCCACAGCCAAAGCCAAAGACGUAACCAUGAAAGAGGCAGUCACGCAAACUGAUGUUGAGACCGAGGAAGUAGGCAAGAAAGAGGCAGUGACACAGACCAAAGCUAAAGCUUGGGAAAUGGCUGGCAGGGCAGAGGUCAAGAAAGAAGCAAUGACCCAGACCAAAGCAGAAGCUCCUCCAUUGGCUGAAAAAGAGACAGAGAUUAACAGAGUAACAGUGACUCAGAGUGAGGUCUUGGCAGUCACCAAGGAAGUAGUCAAGAUUGGAACCAUGAAUGAGACUGGAAUUGUGGCAGAAGCCAUGGUAAGAACACUGGAAGAGACUGUGAGUGUGACUAGAACUCAAUCUGAGACUAGGCUUGGUGUCACAGUUGAUACUAGUGAAAAUCCCAUUGAUAUGCCCCUUGUAGUGGCUGGAGUGGACGUGAAGUCCUAUGCACAGACUCAGGCUGUGGACAUAAUCCAAACUGAUGACAUGAUCGGUGAUGAGGUUGACGACAAGGGGAAUCUCAAAAGCACGUCUGAGGCAGGGUCUGAGGUAGAUACAAAGGCUUCUGAUCAGCCUCAUAUUGUUGCCAACAUUCUGGCUGAAGCCGUGCCAGAGGCAAGGGGUGAUGCUUGUGAUAAUGCAAAUGGCAUUUGUGAAGCAGAGGCAGAUAUGACAGCUUGUGUAGUACAACCUGAGACUGUGGCCACGAUAGAGGCUGAGGCAACAUCUAUUACCACCACGAUUGGUGAUGGGGAAGAUGCCCAUGUUGUACUUAAGGCAGUGACUGGUGCUGACAUGACUGAUACCGAUCCUCAAGCAGUAACCAGUGAUCAGACUGAAGCCAUGCCUGAUGCCAAGGUUAAGGGUAAAGGGAAUGCCACUGCCAUGGCUAAAGCAGGGACCAAAGCAAAUACAAAAACCAAUUUGCAGAGUGAUGCCUUGCCUGAUACAGAGGAUAAAAACAGAAGCGAUCCCAAUGAUGUGGCUAAGGCAGAGGCUAGUGGAGACGUGGUUUCCUGUAUCCAGACUGAGCUUGUGGCCAAUGCCCAGGGUGAUGACUUGCCCGAUAGCAAAAUCAAGGCUAAGGACAAUGCCAAUACCAUAUCUAAGGAAGGGGCUCAGGCUAUGGCCCAGAGCCAAGGUGAAGCCUUACCUAAUACUAAAGGUAAGGCUAGAGGCAAAGCCAAAGCCAAGUGUAAGGCAGGAGCUGCGACGGAUGUGAAAACCUGUGCCCAGCCUCAAGCUGGGACGAAAACACAAGCUGAGGCCUUGUCUGAUUCCAAGGUUGAUAGCAAAGGUGACUCUAAUGCCGCUUCUAAAGCAGGGGCGAAGGCAGACAGUUGCCAGAAUGAGGCCCUGCCUGGCACUAAGAAUAAGGUCAAGGGCAAUCCAAAUCCUAUGCCUAAGGCAGAGGCUGGGACGGCUACAGUGGGCUCUGCCCAGACCAAUGUUGUGACCAGUUCCCAGGGCGAGAGUGCACCUGGUGCCAAGAAUAAGGUCAAGGGUAAUCGCAAUUCUGUGCCGAAAGCAGGGGCUGUGCCAGACACUACGGAUUCUGUCCAGUCCCAGAUUGUAGCCACUUCCCACAGUGAGAACUUACCUGGUGCCAAGAAUAAGGUUAAGAGCAAUCCCAAUGUUGUGCCUAAGGCAGAGGCUGGGGUGGGUGCCUGUCCCCAGUCUGUGGCCAUUUCCCAGGGUGUUGCCUUGACUGGUACCAAGACCAAGGCCAAGGCCAAUUCUAGUGCUGGGUCUAAACCAGAUGCUGGGGCAGGUACAAUGGGCUCUGUCAAGGCUGUGGUCAGUUCCCAGGGCGAGACGGUACCUGGUUCCAAGAGUAAGGUUAAAGGUAGUGCCAAUGCUGUGCCUAAGGCAGAGGCUGGGGCAAGUACAAUACUGGCUUUGGCUUCUUCCCAGGCGGAGGCCUUGCUUGGUGCCAGAAAUAAGGUCAGGGGCAAUUCCAACACUGUGCCUAAGGCAGAGGCUGGGUCAGGUGCGAGGGUCUCUGCCCAGUCCCAGGCUGUGGUCAGUUCCCAGAAUGAGACUUUGCUUGGUGCCAGGAAUAAGGUCAGAUCCAACGCUAGUACUAAAUCAGGAGCCAAAACAGGUACAAGGAGCUCUGCUCAGCCCCAGGCUGUGGCCAGUUCCCAGAAUGAAGCCUUGCUUGGGGCAAGGGAUAAAGGUAUGUCUGGUUCACAGGUGGGAGCCACUGUAGACAAUAAGAUGUAUGCAAGGCCAGUGGCAGGUGCUGUGCCCACUUCUGAAGUCGUGAGUGGGGUAGGUGCUCAGCCUAACAUGCACGAUUAUUACUGGAAUGGGAUUGGUGUUGAGGACUGGAUUGCUGCCGAGCGGUGGAUCAAAUUUAGGUUUCAGACCAUGGAUGGAGACUGGGAGAAUGGUGUAUCCUGGACUGAGGAUGAGAAUGCAGCCAAUGUCGGGCCCUGGAAUGGGGCUAAUGAGAAGACUGGCAUUGUUAGUUCCUGGGCUGUGGCUUGUGAUGAAAACAGCAUUAAGUCCUGGACUGGGACUAGGCCUGAGAAUGAGGUUGCUCUUGGGUCCUGGGUAGGUGCUGGUGACCAGGCCAGUGGGGCACUCUGGGCAGGAACUCAGGCUGCUGAGGCCAGUGGAGGUUCCUGGACUGGGGCUGAGAACCAGAUCGGUGCAGGUUCUUGGGUUGUCUCUGGAAACCAGGCUAUUGCAGGGCCCUGGGCUGUGAGUCAGGUCAGUGAUGGGUCAUGGCCUGCAGUCCAGGCCAGUGGAGUGUCCUGGGUAGUGGACCAGGCUACUGGGACCUGGACUGUGGCUGACAAUCAGGCUGGUGCUGUGUCUUGGACUGGAGCUGGCAAUAUAGUUAGUAUUGGAUACUGGACUGGGGCUGUAGACCAGACCAAUGCAGUGGCCUGGACAGGGACUGGUGAUCAGGCUGGUGGGGAGGCCAAGCCAAGGUUGGAAGAUCAGGCCAGUGAAAAGGGCACCUGGGCUGGAGCCGGUGUCCAGACCAGUGGAGAGUCCAGGUUGGGACCUGAGGAUCAGUCCAGUGGAAGGUCUUGGACUGAGACUGUAGACCAAGCUAGUGCAGUAUCCAGGCUUGGGACUGUAGAUCCAUCUGGUGGUGCAUCCUGGGCUGGCACUGGGGACCAGGCUGGCGGAGUAUCUACAUCAGGGUCUGCAGACCAGUCUGAUGGUGGAUCCAAACCUGGUUUUGAGAAUCAGACCAGUGGUGAAAGGUCUUGGACUGGCACUGUUGGCCAGGCUAGUGGAGGGUCCAAGUCAGUGCCUGAGGAUCAGUCUGCUGGAAGAUCCUGGGCAGAUUCUGGAAACCAGCUCAGUGGAGGGUUCUUGGUUGGGCCUUUGGACCAGGCCAAUGGAGAGUCUCAGCCUGGGUCUGGAGAACUGGCUGCUGGUAGAGUAGAUCAGUCCAGUGGAGGAGGAUGCUGGGCUGGUUCUGGGGACCAGUCUGGUGGAGAGUCUAGGAUGCGGCCCAGGGACCAAUCUAAUGGAGAGUCUUGGCCUGGCACUGGAGAUCAGACCAGUGGAUGGUAUUGUACUUACACUGGGAGUCAGACCAUUGGAGGAGGCUCUUGGGGUGGGGCUAGUGGUCAGGACGUUGGAGGGUCGAAGCCCGUGCAGGUGAACCAGACUGCUAGUGGAUCCUGGCUUGUCACUGGGACACAGAUCAGUGGUGUGUCCUGGACUGGUGAUCAGGUUGGUGGCUGUUCCAAACCUGGAUUUGAGGAUCAGGCCAUUGGAGGAGGAUUCUGGGCUAGUGCUGGGGACCAGGCCACUGGAGGGUCCAGGCCAGCUGUGUCUGAGGAUCAGUCUAGUGGAGGAGUUUCCUGGGGUGGAGCUGGAAGUCAGGUCAGUGGAGGGUCCUGGGUUGGGCCUGUGGAUCAGACUAGUGGCUGUUCUAAAUCUGGAUUUGAAGAUCAGACAUGUGGAGAAUCCUGGCCUGGGUCUAGGCCUAGUAAUGAAGCCAGUGGAGGAUCUAGGCUAGAUACGCAAGACCAGGCCAGUGGAAGAUUCCUUGUAAGUGCUGAGGUGGAGGCCAAUGAAGGAUUUUGGUUUGGGCCUGGGAGUGAGGCCUUUAUAGGGUCUUGGUGCUGGACAGAAGAAGCUACUAUUUUGCCUAUAGCUGAUUUUAAAGAUGAGGCCAGUGUUGAAUCCACAUCAGGUACUAAGGAAGAAGCCACCAUUAGUUCUGGAUUGGGGGAUGAAAAGAAGACCAGUACUGAGGAGACAGUUUUUACGGGCACCUGUGUUGGAGGUGAGGCUGAGACUGCGGCUGGAACUGAGGCUGAAGUUGAGACAGAGGCUGAGGUUAGAGCUGAGGCUGAGGCUGGAGCUGGGCCUGAGGCUGGAGCAGAGACCAGGGCAGAGGCUGGGCCUGAGGCUGGAGCAGAGACCAGGGCAGAGGCUGGGCCUGAGUCUGGAGCAGAGACAGAGGUGGAGGCUGAGGUGGGAGCAGAGACCAGGGAAGAGGCUGGGCCUGAGUCUGGAGCAGAGACAGAGGUGGAGGCCGAGAUGGGAACAGAGACCAGGGCAGAGGCUGGGCCUGAGGCUGGAGCAGACACAGAGGUGGAGGCCGAGGUGGGAGCAGAGACCAGGGCAGAGGCUGGGCCUGAGGCUGGAGCAGACACAGAGGUGGAGGCCGAGGUGGGAGUAGAGACGAGGGCAGAGGCUGGGCCUGAGGCUGGAGCAGACACAGAGGUGGAGGCCGAGGUGGGAGCAGAGACCAGGGCAGAGGCUGGGCCUGAGGCUGGAGCAGACACAGAGAUGGAGGCCGAGGUGGGAGCAGAGACCAGGGCAGAGGCUGGGCCUAAGUCUGGAGCAGAGACAGAGGUGGAGGCUGAGAUGGGAGCAGAGACAGAGGUGGAGGCCAAGGUGGGAACAGAGACCAGGGCAGAGGCUGGGCCUGAGGCUGGAGCAGACACAGAGGUGGAGGCCGAGAUGGGAGCAGAGACCAGGGCAGAGGCUGGGCCUGAGGCUGGAGCAGAGACCAGGGCAGAGGCUGGGCCUGAGUCUGGAGCAGAGACAGAGGUGGAGGCCAAGGUGGGAACAGAGACCAGGGCAGGGGCUGGGCCUGAGGCUGGAGCAGACACAGAGGUGGAGGCCGAGGUGGGAGCAGAGACCAGGGCAGAGGCUGGGCCUGAGGCUGGAGCAGACACAGAGGUGGAGGCCAAGGUGGGAGCAGAGACCAGGGCAGAGGCUGGGCCUGAGGCUGGAGCAGACACAGAGAUGGAGGCCGAGGUGGGAGCAGAGACCAGGGCAGAGGCUGGGCCUGAGGCUGGAGCAGACACAGAGGUGGAGGCCGAGGUGGGAGCAGAGACCAGGGCAGAGGCUGGGCCUGAGGCUGGAGCAGACACAGAGAUGGAGGCCGAGGUGGGAGCAGAGACCAGGGCAGAGGCUGGGCCUGAGGCUGGAGCAGACACAGAGAUGGAGGCCGAGGUGGGAGCAGAGACCAGGGCAGAGGCCGGGGCAGCAGCUGCAGCUGAUUCUGAGACUGGAACUGAGGCUGCUCCUAGAGUUGUUGCAGAGGGUGAGGCUGAAGCUGGAAUGGGAGUUUGGUCCUGGGAGGGAGAUGCAGCCUCUAAAGGGUCUAGGCUUGGGGCUGAGGCUGGAGUUGGGGGAGGGGCUGAGGCUGAAGCUGAGACUGAGAAUAGCAUGGGAUUUUGGUUCUGGGAUGGAGAUGCAGCUACUAAAGGAUCUAAGCUUGGAGCUGAGGCUGAGGCUGGAGUUGUGGCUGAGGCUGAGGCUGGAAUUGGGGCAGAGGCAGAGGCUGAAGCUGUGGCUGAGACCAGCAUGGGAUUUUGGUUUUGGGAUGGAGAUGCAGCCACUAAAGAGUCUAAGCUUGAGGCUGAGGCUGAGGCUGGGGCUGAAUCUGUGGCUGAGACCAGCAUGGAAUUUUGGUCCUGGGAUGGAGAUGCAGCCACUAAAGGGUCUAGGCAUGGGGCUGAGGCAGAGGCUGGGGCUGGAGUUGUGGCUGAGGCUGGGGCUGGAGUUGUGGCCGAGGUUGGGGCUGAGACCAGAAUGGGGUUUUGGUUUUGGAAGGAAGACUCAACCACUAAAGGGUCUAGGCUUGGGGCUGAGGCUGGGGCUGGAGUUGUUGCAGAGGGUGGGGCUGAAGCCAGAAUGGAGUUUUGGUCCUGGGAGGGAGAUGCAGCCUCUAAAGGGUCUAUGCUUGGGGCUGAGGUAGAGGCUGGCUUAGGGUCUUGGACUUUCGCUGCAGAUGUAAAUGAUGAUGAUGAAGAAGAUGAUGAUGAUGAUGAUGAGCUAAGUAGAGAAUCCAGCCCUGGUAUUGAAGAGAUCAGUCUAAGAAACUUGUUUGGGGCUGACAGUGAGGACAAUAAUGACCUCAGAUCUACAAAUGAAAAAGAUGCCAAUUCUGAUUCUGGGACUGGGGAUAAGGUCAGCACUAAAGAUAAGUUUGAUGCUGCUGAUGGAGUUGACAUCCGAUCUUGGUUCUGCACUGGCAAUGAAAACAGAUGUGAGGAUGAGUCUACAUCUCAGGUGAAAGCCAAAAAGUCAACUGAACCAAGAGGCAUAUAUCCAUCCAUGGUCCCUGGGGCAGGAAUGGGUGUAUGGGAUGGAACCAUAAUGUGUUCAGAAAGCAAGCUAUUACAGCAAAGCAGCUUUCCAGGCGAAGACGGCUUCAGAAAGCAAGUCAAUACUGGAGACAAGGUGCAUUCCUGCAACUGCCGCUGCAAGCGGGAUGUUAAUCUGGAUCCACAAGAUCUUGAGAAACUCAUUUGCAUGAUUGAAAUGACUGAAGAUCCUUCUGUGCAUGAGAUAGCCACGAAUGCUCUAUAUAACAGUGCUGAUUAUCCUUUUCCACAGGAAAUUGACCGGAAUAUAGGUGGAAUUUCAGUUAUCCAAAGCUUAUUGGGUAAUCCCUACCCUACUGUCCGCCAGAAGGCUUUGAAUGCAUUGAAUAAUCUCUCAGUUGCUGCUGAAAACCAUAGAAAGGUUAAGACAUACUUAAGUCAAGUAUGCGAAGAUACUGUCACCUACCCCUUAAACUCAAAUGUGCAAGUGGCUGGACUAAGGCUGAUAAGACAGCUGACUAUUACUAGUGAAUAUCAGCACAUGGUUACCAAUUACAUUUCAGAAUUUCUCCGUUUGUUGGCCAUGGGAAGUGGAGAAACUAAAGACCAUGUUUUGGGAAUGCUUGUGAAUUUCUCUAAAAAUCCAUCCAUGACAAAAGACUUGCUCAUUGCCAAUGCACCAACAGCACUGAUUAACAUCUUUAGCAAGAAGGAGACGAAAGAGAAUAUCCUUAAUGCCCUUUUACUUUUUGAAAAUAUAAAUCAUCAUUUUAAAAAAAGAGCAAAAACAUAUCCUCAAGACAGGUUCAGUAAAAGUUCCCUGUAUUUUCUGUUUCAACGACCUAAAGCCUGUGCCAAGAAACUUAGAGCCUUAGCAGCAGAUUGUAGUGACCCAGAGGUGAAAGAAAGGGUCGAAGUAUUAAUAAACAAACUCUGAUUGGCUCUCUUUCCCCCAGAGUUUCAGUAAUAUUUUGGUUUUACAUCCUGGACAUGCUGUACAUUGUAAAUUACAUUAGAAUUUUGAAACUAAUGUUGCCUAUAAGGACCUAUAGCUGGACAAUUUUAUGAACACCAAACGAAUUCAAGCUUGUUCUGGAAAUACAUGUGUCAAUUUUUAUCUUGUCUGGAUUGAGAUAUUUUUAGUAUGCUUCAUGAGCAGAAACCAAACUGAUUCUUCAUAAGUAAGGUAAUCUUUGGUCCUUUGUGUGGACUUAUGUUUAUACAUUUGAGACUUUAUUUUUAUGUCAUCAAUAAAGUUGUGUGUUUUAAGAAGCAAGAAAGAGGUAUUGUCUUCAUCCUUGGGUUUAUGAUCCGUUUAGAAAUAAAAUCAGGAGUCUUCUGGUCACAGAUAGCAGAUUCCCAUCAGUGCUUAGAGGAAGCAGAAAAUGCUGCCCAACUUAUCAGUGCCCAGGGAAUGUUUUAUGGAAAAGGGGGUCUUUUAAAGCAAGCUGUGCUUGAAUAAGAUACAAAAGGUCAAAAGGCUAUUUGAGGACGGAGAAUUGGUGGAAGAAAGGCAAGGAAGUGGGAAAUCCGGUUCUGGAGAACCUGCAUAGAAUGACUCAGGAGGGUCAUGAGAGGAGAGAAAAAGGACCGAGGAAGUCAGCAUGAAUUCUGUCCAUGGGGCACUUCUGACUGCCAGAGUGUCUGAAUACUGUAUGUACCCCUAGAAACAGCAAGGACUUCCACGACCAGAGGAGGAGAGGAAAAUAAUGUGAUUGAUUUGCGUCAGGAUGCGUCCAAGUUGGAGCGAGGAUAGGAAUGGUGAGGAGAGGCAGGAAAACAAGCUAGGAAGCUACCAUCAUAGCAGAGGCAGGAGAUGCUAAAACAUCUGAAAUGUCACUAGUUCCUGUGGGGUCCCAAGGACAGGAUUUAAGUGAGAAUUCUCUCCUUAGUGACUUAUGAUGUAGUCAAGCCCGCCCUUGAACUCCUAGCAAUCCCCUAGCCUCAGUUUUCCAAGCGUUGGGAGUGGAGGCCUGAGUCCCUCCCUCCCUGCGCCUGGGAUUUUUGUAGUGAGGAAGUGCUCCAGUUAAUUCUGAGCACGUGUAAGGAGGAUCAGUUUUAUUUGAGGGUUGUGGAGCCCAUGGGAACAUGUCCUCUUUCACAGACAACUCUGGUGUCUAUAUAAGUGCAUAAGAAAAUUGUUUUGAAUUAAUAAGAAAAUA